CGUCAACUGUUUCGGAAGCAGGCAACCUUUUUGUUCUUUCCUAGUAUAUAAACACUACGAUUUGGAGUAUUUUCCCGACCUGAGAGGCUCUGCGCAUUUUGAAAAAUAAUGACGACGGCUAUGCGUAUUCGCGAUGCGCUUAUUUUUGCAGUCCUCAUGACAGUGCUGGAUAUUGGGCAGUCAGGGCAGUCACACAGAGAAGAAAAGGAUGAAGACAUCGCCGAGUUUUACUCCACCGGAUCAACUAUACAGACAUUAUAUACGACGAUGGGUAAAACUGCAUGCAAAGUUGAUAAUGUGAAUGCAACAGGCAGUGUAUCUACUGAAUUUCAAAGACGCCUCGGUCCGGAAGCUAAAGGGCAACGCCUCCAGCUAGUGGGAAAAUUCAUGAAUACACGUUAUGCCUUUGGAGGUCGUCCAUUCAACGCAAUGGAUGUUACACUGAAGACUGGUAGCGGGUACUACUCAUACGAGGAGCUAUUAUUUACUUUUGGUGGUGGCAACUGCGGCAUCUUCUUUGUAUCAACUACCUGGGGUAGAAGAGGCAGGGACUUUGAAAUCCGCAGCAAGAAUGGGAACAGUACACCUCAAGGCUGUCACGACAAAUUUAAAUCGCACACGAGGAGGGCAGGCAUAGUAGCCAGCAAAAUUUGGGACUGCAACAAUGCUGCUUCACGUCAAACACGAUAACGCAAAUAUUCGCGAACACAAUGCCAAUAAAAUGCUUCACUGACG